GCUUCCCCUCCAAUCCAACCACAUUCAGCGUUCUUCCUCGCCUCUCUCUUCAAUUGCCUUCGAAGAGUUCAGAUCUGGUCUGACCAAGCACUCUCGAUCGUGGGGAAGAUGAGGGCGUGGUCGGCCGUCCUGCUGGUGGUCGCUGUAGCCUUCGCGGCAGCGGCGGAGGCGUCGAAGUCGAAGCCCAAGGUGUGCAACAAGGGGUGGGAGUGCAGCGGCAGUAUCUACUGCUGCAACGAGACCAUCAGCGACUACUUCAAGGUGUACCAGUUCGAGAACCUCUUCAGCAAGCGCAACUCCCCCGUGGCGCACGCCGUCGGCUUCUGGGACUACCAGUCCUUCAUCCUUGCCGCCUCCCUCUACGAGCCCCUCGGGUUCGGCACCACCGGCGACAAGGUGACCAAGAUGCAGGAGGUCGCCGCCUUCCUCGGCCACGUCGGCAGCAAGACCUCCUGUGGAUAUGGUGUUGCCACUGGUGGCCCACUUGCAUGGGGAUUAUGCUAUAAUCAUGAAAUGAGCCCAAGCCAAGACUACUGCGAUCCAAACUACCUUUAUCCCUGUGUCGACGGAGUUCAAUACUAUGGACGUGGUGCUCUGCCCGUGUACUGGAACUACAACUAUGGACUUCUUGGCGACUCCAUAAAGGCCGAUCUGUUGAACCAUCCAGAAUACCUAGAGCAAAAUGCUACCCUGGCUUUCCAAGCCGCUAUGUGGAGGUGGAUGACACCAAUAAAGAAGAAGCAGCCGUCGGCCCAUGAUGUUUUCGUCGGAAAUUGGAAGCCCACAAAGAAUGACACCUUGUCGAAAAGGUUACCUGGCUUUGGGCUUACCAUGAACAUUCUGUAUGGUGAUCUUAUAUGCGGCCAGGGCUUUAUUGAUCCCAUGAACAAUAUCAUAUCUCACUACCAAUAUUACCUGGACCUGAUGGGAAUCGGGCGUGGAAACUCUGGAGAUAAUGUAGAUUGUGCUGAACAAGUGGUUUUCAACCCAUCUUACAAAGCUGAUACAGCAACCUAAGCCAUGAUUGAAGUAAGCUGUAAGAUAUCAGUGGAAUCAUCGGUCAGAGUGCCCCAAAUAAAUGAACGUGUCAAUGAAUGCUCUGUGUUAUAAGACUUGCUUGUUAAAAAUGUGUAGCUACAGCAGUGGUUAUUAUGUUGAGUGGCUCUGUUAUUCUUCUUAAAAGCUGAAUUGCAAUUCUUAUUAUUAUCUGUAAUACUCCACCGUGCCAAGAUUAUAUUGUAUUCCGUGGGGUGAGUAUCAUUGUUUUGGAAACUAUGAAAUAUAUUGUGUUCCAAACUGAUGUUUGGCUUAUUAA